AUGGCAGCAAUCCAAGACAAGCAGAGGAACGUUGCGAAGCACAAGGCCGGAUUCGUGGACACGCAUGAGAUCCUCGAUCAAAUGGUGGAAGCCAGCAUGUGCCAGAUCUGCUACAGGCUGCUUGAGAAGAUGUACACUGCAACCUGCGGGCACAGCUACUGCAUGAACUGCGCGGCGGUACUACUCGGCGGCAACUUUGCAGCCGUGAGACAGGCUCAAAUCAGCAAUUCAACUGUAGGCUACGGCAUAUGCCCUGUAUGCCGCCAAGAGAUCUGGUGUGCGGCAAGGUGCUCCGAAGACGGGCUUGAACGGGAACCUAGCCUUAGCCACUCGAUCAUGAUAAGAGACAACUUCAAAGCUCUUAGAUCAUGGGCUAUCUGGAGAAAGGGCGAAGAUGAUGCAGCCCGGGCUGCUGGCAAAAGUAUCGGAGAGACAAAAUGCCUCUGGCGCCUCAACGGGUGCGAUACUGAUCUUGAUGACAGCAGCAGCGAGUUUGGUAAUGCGAGCAGUGACACGACGUUCACAGAGGAUGCGAAGGAGGACGAGCAAUACGACAGUGAUGAAGAUGGCGAAGGGUCCAAUGACGAGGAGAUGUCGAGCGCCAACGACGAAGAACCCCAGGGUACAAACACAGCAGGAACCUCGGCCACUAUUUUACUUUCGGCUCAGUUGAGAGCUGUGCAAAGACUUCACCGUGCUACGGCCCAAAACAGGCUAAUCCGUACGAGCCGGGUCUUGAGGACCAGCGCAUCGCCCCCUGAUUCACAGGGCAGACCGUACGUUCUUCCCCGUAACAGGACACAUCUUGAUCCCCUUCCUUCCCCAACUUCUUCCUUUGGUUCGUUUGAGUCAUACCUUCCUCCAAAUAUCGGUGGACCAAAUCAGCAAGCGAGCAUAUGUCUCGAUUUAGAAGUCAUGGUUCAAGAUACAAAAUCCUGGGCCCGAGGCUUCAUCUGGGCGGCUGCGUUAGGGCUUAUAAUAGUGACCCAACUUUGA